CUGGUUUUCGUCAAGCGUCAACAAGACCCCGUCGCCCCAUUGCCCCCGUAGCUCCGUGCCCUGCCCUUCCCCCAUCAGAGGCUUCACGAGACAUCCUGAACCUGGAAGCCGGUCGUCGCAACCUUGGGCCUGCAGCAGGAACGGGAUUUCCCAGCGCGAUUGACCCGCGAUUUCAUCAUAUCUUGCGGCAACGCCUAAGCCACUUUCUUCAAUCUGACCCUGCGGCGCGCUUAGUAGUAGUCUCUACCUGGUCUCAUUCAAUUCAAUCUCGACUUGACAGUCGCCAUCUCGAGUUUUUUUUUUUUUUUUUUUCUCAAGUGCUUUUUUGUGGUUUCUUUUUUUACUCCCUCAGCUCCUAGCCAUCGCGCUAUUGCUCGCUACCUUCGACUUUGCUACUCCUGGUACAUCUCUCUACAGUAUUACCCUUGGCCCCCGGCGGAUACAGAUACAGGCUAUCUCGACCUUUUCUUCAGCCGACCGCACAAGGCUCGACGACUUGCUGCCCGUCGGGUUAUCAGAAGUUCAGAACGUCCUACCUCUACGUACCCGUAACAGCCUGGCGUGAGAGCAGCAGAACCCAAAGGCGGGACGAUUCAUUUUCUAAAUUAAUAUUGGUCUAUAUUAUCCCAAUUUUCUUGCGACGUCACACCCCCCCGACGCCGCUUGCGCCAGACGCCCGUAUCCCAAUUUCCCCCCGAAAGUCCAGAACUUCGACUUCUCCACACUGUCAACCCGUUUCAUCAGACCUCGGCCUUAUCUAGCGCGAUUGCUCCCGUGCGACCCUCAGCCCUCCCCCAUCGCGCGCAGAAUCCGGCGCGCAUCGCUUCGAUAAAAAGUGGCGGCACUUGCGGUUAUCAGUCACGCCGGGGCCGAAUUACCUCUUGAGCACCAGCAUAUCGAUCUGUCCGACGACCUGCUCGACCACGAUCAGACCGUCCCGGAGGGGGACGCCGAUUCCUUGAUGAUGGCACACCCGGUGCCUCAUCACACAACGGACAAGAAGCGCGUCAAGGUCUACGAACUCCGUAACAAUGACUGGUUCGAUCGCGGUACCGGCUUCUGCACCGCCCAGUUCGUCCCCGUCCAGGAGAACCAGCCAAAGGAGCCCCGCGUUAUCGUCGAAUCCGAAGACCACCCCGACCGGCUUCUACUCGAGACCAAGAUCGUUAAAGACGAUGGCUUUCAAAAACAACAAGAUACCCUGAUUGUAUGGACCGAGAACAAUGUGGAUAUGGCCUUGAGCUUCCAGGAAGCCGAGGGUUGCGCCAUGAUAUGGAAAUUUAUUGACGGCGUCCAACAAACCUUCCACAAUGUCCUGGGCGGCGCCGACGACAGUCUCUCCGAGGAUCUUACUAUGGAUAUGUCAAACUCGACUUUCACGCUCCCCCCGGCCGAUCUGGCGAACCUACCCGACCUCGAGAAUAUCAUGCGCCAGAUGUCCAAUACCGCUAAUGGCCGCGAGAUGCUGGUCAAGUCCAUCAUGGAGCACGACAUCAUACCCUCAUUAGGCAACCUAGUCGAGAUGGCGGAAGAUCUCGAGAGCCUCGACGACCUAUUUCGUCUUUGCAACAUGACCAAGACGAUGCUCCUCCUAAACGACACUGCAAUCAUUGAAAAGGCUGUUUCUGAUGAAUGUGUCCUCGGUGUGGUGGGUGCCCUCGAGUACGAUCCCGACUUCCCGAAGCACAAGGCGAACCACCGGCAGUGGUUGAGCAACCAGACCCGUUUCAAGGAGGUGGUCAAGAUUGAGGAUGAUACAAUCCGGCGCAAGAUUCAACAGACCUUCCGCUUGCUGUAUCUCAAGGAUGUGGUUCUGGCCCGAAUCCUAGAUGACCCGACCUUCUCCGUCCUCAACUCGCUCAUCUUCUUCAACCAGGUUGAUAUCAUCAACCAUAUCCAGACUAACGGUGGGUUCCUAAACGACCUCUUCUCGAUAUUCGCCGACCCCUCUGCGCAACACCUACGCAAAAAACAGGCCGUUACUUUCCUCCACGAUUGCUGUGCCAUCGCCAAGAAUCUUCAACCACCAGCAAGGCAAAAUCUGUAUACCAAUUUCCUUGGUCAUGGUCUUGUUCGUGUCAUUAACUUCGGCUUGUGUGAUCACGACGUCACUGUACGAGUUCAUGCUACUGAUAUCCUCGUGGCCAUGAUUGAUCACGAUCCCCAGAUGGUUCGGCAUACGAUUUACCGACAGCUGCAGGAACGUCAGAAGCCUCUCACUGAUGUGAUCAUCGACCUUCUUCUGGUUGAGGUUGAUCUCGGUGUCAAGUCGCAAAUGCAGGAUGCCCUUCGGAUUUUGCUCGAUGUGGCGCCGAUCAUGCCGCCAGAUGCAAGAGAGUAUCCUCCCAACCAGCAGCGAUUGAGACAGCUUCAGAGCAUCGACCCGCAGCAAGAACUUCUGAUACAGCACUUCUAUGAAAACUCGGCCGCCAGGCUUUUUAAGCCACUGCUCGAUCUCGAAGGGCAGACGGAGUUGAAGUUCCAGCCCAUGCAGGAGUACAUCUUCGGCUACCUGAACGACAUACUCUGCUCCUUCAUCCGACAACACCAACACAGGGCCAAGUACUUCCUCAUCACCCACAGUCUGGCACAGCGCUUCGUUCAGUUGCUUUCAUGCAAGCAAAAGCAUCUGCAGCUCGUGGCCAUUCGAUUUAUCAAGCAACUGGUAUUGAUGAACGACGAAUUUUACAUGAAGCACAUUGCAGAGAAGCAAAUUCUCGGCCCUAUUCUCGAUGUGCUAUUAAGAGCGAUUACCCGCGACAACCUUCUUUGUUCAGCUUGCCUCGAUCUUUUCGUCCUCAUUAAUAAGGAGAAUGUUAAGGACCUAAUUAAGCACCUCGUGGAAAAUUACCGGGAAAAGAUUAUGGCGCUGUCGCACAUGGAUACCUUCCGCGAAAUGGUCAGUCGGUACGACCAGACGGAAGGCUACACAACCAAUCCCGAGUAUUUCAUGGAUGAAGACGAAGAUGAGGGACCAACUGCGGCCGAGAGCGAAAGGAGACCGACGAGGCCGACCUCCGGUCUGAUGGAGGAACAACUCACCGUCGACCAGGCUCAAGAGGAAUACUGGAACGGCGUAUCGGACGAAGAGGAUGAAGGACCUCAAAAUGACUCCCAUCGUACCAACGGCACCGCUACUACUCUUCCUCUGCUGAAGCCCUUAGUCGAAUACGGCUCGGAUGAUGAAGACGGCGUGGCGGGUGAUGAGGCAACUGCCCCAGCAAAGAAGGACGAUGAAGACAACAGCGCAAAGUCGAACGGCGAACCACCAGUAACACCAACAAAAGGUGGGCCGGCCACAGCCGCCGCUGCCGCCGUUGUCGCCACCCCGCCAGAGAGGAUCUCUGAGAAGCGGCGCCGUGAAGAAGACGAGGAUGACGAUGCGUUCGACAAGUUACUGCAGUCCAAGCGCCGAGGGAGCAAUGCCAGUGCCGCGAGCGCCGGUGCAGACAUUCGCAAGAAGAUGGGUAUCUCUGAGGAUGAUGGACCUGCGGCCGAGGGUGCCACCACCGAGGACAAUGGUACUUCAAUGGCAGAUCGCACAUCUCCUAACCCUGCUUCCCCUCUAGCUGCUGCCACCGCCGUCACUACGAGUCUAAGCACACCAAAGAAAAUUGCUUUCAAUAUCUCUUCCAAAGUCAAAAGCAUGCUUGGUGGUGGUGGUGGUGGGAAACCUUCGGAGCCGGAGGCAGAUCCCAAUACAACAACGACUAGCGCGAAUGAUAAAGCGCAAGAAACUUCAAUAACAACGGGUGCUACAACUGCAUCAGGAAAGGAAAAUGUGAGGAUAGGAGAAAGAGAGGAGAAGGAGGAGGGGAAGGAGACUUCAAAGUCAGUGGUACAAGAAGUGGAAGGGGAAGAAGAAGAAGAUCCAAACGCAAUGAAAGACUAGAGGCUGCCUUGGGUUGGGUCAAGGAAGGCAACGCGAAAGGGGGGAAUGGGAAGGAAGGCAAGGAAGGGGAAAGGCGGAAAGUGAAAGCCAAAACUUUAGGGAGGCAAAAUAAAGGCGAAAACACACAUAUAUUCUUCAUAGAUAUGGAUUGGCACCGUACCGAUUUGAUUCACCACCUCACAAACAGAUGAAUAUAGCCUGGUAUAUUUACAGUUCAACAAUUUGUUCACGUCUUGAACCCGGUAUAGUCGCAUCGACAAGGCCGGGGUUCAUGAGGCCCCCCCUCCUACUAACAGCAUAGUAGUGUACAUCAGAUAACAUUGUUCCCUCCUCUAAAUUAUUUU